UACUCUCCGUACACAAGCAGCGACGGGCGUCCGAAAUCGUCGUCUCUCUUAUUAUAGACACGCGCAUUCGUUUUGAUUUCGUUGUCGUCGUCUGCCCGGUUGGCUUCUUCUUCUUUUUUGUCCGGACGGACUCAUCGUCGACGGCACUUUCUCUUUUUGGCUCGUCGUCGUCGAGUGUGUGUGUGUGUGUGUGGCACAGACAGACAAGUCAUCCAUCUCUUUUGCCCCCCCUCCCAAUUCCCCCUCUCCGGUUUUUCUUUAUUCCACUUGUGUCCGUUGUCUUUUUCUUCUUUUCAUCUCCUUCCUUCCUCCGUGCUGUUUGUUCCAGGACGACGGCCCUGCGCUGUGCCAUUUGUAUUCCAAGGAGAAAAAGAAAAAUAGACAGGACACACACGAACGUCCAAACUAAACUGACAGAAGAACAAAAAAAGUCGGCGUUGAUUUCUGUGCAAAUUCGCCAAAAUGGGCCCUUUGAACGUUGGCAAAUUGUGUUUCUCCGGUAGAAUCGUGGCUUUGCUGUAAUCGAGUGCGACUAUUUUUCUUCUCUUUCUCUCUUUCUUUUUCUACGUGCGCCGUGUCCUCUUAUGUGUCUGUGUUGUUGGUGUACGUGGCGUGCUGUGUCGGUGUGGGUGUAGCAGCAGUGUGUGUGUGCCCGGCUGCACUGGGUGAUGCCAGCAGAGCGGCUUUUUCUGUGUAUAUACACUUUGAUCCACUUGACGCGCCGGCCCGUCGUUGUUGUUUCCCUUUUUCGGAUGUAGCAGAGCCGAGAGAGUCGAGUGAGAGAAGAGCUGGAGAAAAUAAAAUCCCCAAAAAAUUCCCCAAGACAAGACAACCAAACGAAGCCCACGAGAGAGUAUAUAGGAGAAAAGAAAGAAAAAAGAGACAUGUUGACUUGGUUUCGGCGUGCGACAUGGUAGCCAGUUGUCAGUGCUGACUGCUCAUUCGUUCCUUCUGUUGGUCGUCUGUCGACACAAUCCAACGGAGCAGCAGCCCCUCGUCGACCAGUCCGUCCCAGCAUUCAACUUUGUCUCCAAUCUCUUUUGCUCAUCUCACACAGCAGAUACUUGUGCGUGUGCUCACGGUGGUGCGUUUCACUCCGUCCCUUUUAUUUUUUGGAAAAUCCGCUCGUCUAGAGCGGAAGCUGGAUGGAUUUGCCGAUCCAACACUACAAGGAGAACGGGGCCGAGGAGCAGCUACAGCAGUCGUUAGCCAUGCGGACCGAGUGGGAACCUUGUCUGGCGCAUCAUCCGCCGCUCCAGAGCUUCGGCUGUGACGCCGAGUUGGCCGAGCGAGGAGGAGGAGGAGGACCGCCCCCUCCGCCGCCACCUUCCAAGCGCCGUUUUCGCAGCCCCACUUCGCGCAAUAAACCAAACGACAGUGCGAUGUGCGCCACCAUGGACGACCGGCACGGAAAGAUGCGGGAAACGCUCAUGGAACGUCAGGUUCAAAAGGCCGGAGGUCUCUUAGGCGUGACUUCACGCGGACUCUUGAUUCUGGGCCUUCUGUUGGUGUUCAUCCUGAUCCUGCUCGUCAUUAUCGUCGUUCUAGCUGCCUUGUGGCCCAGAACCAAGGCCCAGGAGGCGCCCAAAGUCUGCGACACGCCGGCCUGCCUCCGAGCGGCAGCCCAGGUCAUCGGCAGUAUGGAGAAUCACACGUCGCCGUGCACCAAUUUCUGGAACUAUGCCUGCCACAGCUGGUUGGUUUCCAAUCCCCUGCCGCCGUGGGCCAGCAAGUGGAGCAUCCGAGAGGAACUCGCCCAUCGAGCGCACGAAGAGAUGAGGAAGCUGAUCGAGACGAUGCCGCAUCCGACGCGAGUCGACUCGUUAUCUUGGAAGCUCAAGUACUUUUACGAAUCGUGCACCGCUCUCGAGCACAUCGUCGUUCCCGAGCAGAAACUCAUCCGCGUCAUCGAUCAAAUGGGUGGCUGGGGAGUUCUGCGGAGUUUCUCCGUCUAUUCGUGGAACUUCCGCAUGGUCCUGCGACGGCUGCAUGCCGAGUACGGCGUCAACGCUUUCUUCCGCGUUGACGUUGUCGCUCAUCCCAACUUUCCCGACAAGAGCAUCGUCAGAAUAUCGCCUGAUGGACUGGGACUUCCCGACCGGAACUAUUACUAUCGUGAACCUGACCAUGCGCCAGAUGUACCAAGGAGGCGGCUGUCGCAGCCCGGGACGAUCAACACCUACAAGGUGUUUUUGAAAGACGCCGUUCAGCUGUUGGGCGCAACCAGUCUGGAAGCGACUAAAUUCGCCGAGGAGGUGUUCCACUUUGAAAAGCGCAUUGCCGAGCUGACGCCCAACACCGAGGACAUUAUUAAUCCUGUCAAGAGCAUACAGAUCCUCAACGUCGCCGAUCUACAGCGCCAAUCAUUCUCCAUUCCCUGGCUGGAAAUCCUGCGAGCGAUAUAUCCAACGACGGUUUUCGAUGACUCUACUGAAUUAUUGAUUACUUCACCAGAUUACCUGAAAGACAUUUCCUCCGUCGUCUCCUCUUCCGACCGAAGCACUCUCAACAACUAUCUGAUGUGGAGGCUGGCGCACAACUAUCUGCCGUACUUAUCACGCGAGUUCUGGGAAGUUUUGGAUAUCCAUAAACGAGAUACUCUGGGUGCCAAGGAAUCGGUGGACCGGUGGGAAAUGUGCAUCGUGACGACGCAGAAAUACUUCCGCUUAGCGAUGGGCUCCAUCUACUCAAAGAACAACGUGGCCCUCAAGGACAGCCGCAACGGAGUGGCGAUCAUCUACGAAUCGUUGAAGAACGGCUUGGCUAGCAGCUUGUCUGGUAGCUCACUGUACAGUCCCAGUCUGAGGUCGAGAGCUCUUGAAAAGCUGGCGACGUUGAGCGUUCAAGUCGGAUAUCCGGAGCAGGUGUUGGCUUCGUCCUACUUGGACGAUUUCUACACGGCCAUGAGCGUUCAAGUCAACGAUUUCCUGGGCAACAUCCUUUACGGCGUCCACUUUUUGCGCAAAGUCGAGGAACGCAUCUUGCUCAAUCCACUGCCCGAGCACAAAUGGCUCGCUUACCUCUCCAAAGACACCAUCACGUACAUCCCCGAAUCCAACCGAAUCAUCAUACCCGAGCAUCUUCUCCUUCCGCCGUUCUACAGCGUCAAUUUUCCACAGCCGAUCCUGCUCGGAUCACUUGGCGUGCAGCUGGCUGUAGCCAUGGUGGCAUCCGUCAGUCAGCACGGUGUUCUUUACGACGGCCAAGGAGUCCUGAUCGAUCGCGAAUCCACCAUCGGUAACGAUUCGCUGUCAUUGACUGCCAACCAGCGCAAAUGCCUAGUGGACGCCCUGCACCAGAAGAAGAUCGACGACGAAGACUUUCUCAAGCGCACCGUUUUCGAAACAUUGGUUCAACUUGCCGGAGUUCGACAAGCACUAAAGGUUGUAACCAAUCCCAGCAUGGAGCAGCGGCGGACAGAGUACAAAGCGCUCGAAUUCCUUACUCAUCCGCAGUUAUUCUUCGUCGCCUACGCUCAGUCCAUGUGCUCGCACACAACGGCGAAACACAGAGACAUGGAAAGAUCGACCACAUUCCGCCUUGGCGACGAAGAGAUGUUACGAGCGACUAUGCUGCAAAUGCCUGAGUUCACGGAGGCGUUCAUGUGUAAUUCCUCGUCACUAUUGCACCACGGAAAAGUGUGCGGGCGAAUCAUAUAAGAGCGCCGCCAAACGCAGAAAUGGGAACCCAUCGAUCUAUAAAAUCCAUUUAAAAAAAAAAAAACUCCAAACGAAUCAAUUUUAGAUAGAGAAAAUGAACACACGAGAGAGUACAUUUAAAAGAAAAAGGAAUGGCUGAUGCGAGCGUUUGUGUUGCGAUACGGAUGACGUGGGGUCUGUACUUUAAACUGAUUUGAUGACAUUUUUUAUAUUUUGUUGAAAGAAAAAAAAACGGGAAAAAAAAAUUCAAACAUAAACAAUUGUUACCAAGAUGAGUUGCGCCUAAACGUACGGGUGAACCGUCCGACGUCCUCUUCCUCAUCAUAAUUUGUAACGAUUAUAGUUAUCAUUGCUCUAACGAUUUAAGGAACACGAAAUCAAUCGGGGAGAGGACGACGAUGAAGAAAAAAACGCGCCAAUUUUUGAAUUCCAUCGUAAUGAUUUUUAUGAUUAUAGAGAGUAACAAAAAAAUUGUUGAGUGUGCGGGUUGUUUUUGUUUCGCGACACCAAAAAAUCAAUUUCAAAAAAUUAACAAAAAAAUAAUAAUGGAUAAAAAUGAAUAAAUAUAGUUAUGGUGAUAAGUGAGACUGAAAAAGUGGAAAAUUUUAUUAUUAUGUACGAGCUCACUGUCGCCCAAUUCGCGACUAAUGAGGCUCUCUUUGGAUCCGGAUGACCCCGUGUUGUUGCAUUGUGUAGAUCAAUAACGAAUGCGUGAUGGUGAAUGCAUAUAGAUUGUUUGUUUGUUUUGUUUUUUCAUCAUAAUAAUAAUAUCGAUGCCGUGACAAAAUCGUGAAUGCCGAAAAGAGAACAAUUCCGUUAUGUCUCCCACUUUAUCCUAUCCUUGUGGAUCUUUAAACAUGGCUCCAAAAUCAUUCAAUCUAUGAACUGUUUUAUUUUUGUUUUAUUUUUAUUUUUCAAAGCCAUAUAUUUCAAUUUUCUGUUUCUUGUUAAUUCCUUUGUUUCCAACUUUAUUCUUCUUCUGUUUCGUGUUGUUUUUUGGGACACGCAAAAAGAGAGCUUUUUAGCGGAAAAUAGAGAGAAGGUACCCGAUCAAAAGGUGAAAGCGAAAA